UGUUGUCGCGGGCUGCAUGGGGCACCCCGGUCCUCUUCAUGGCCUGUCGUCCCCGCAGCUACACCAUCGUCAUAUUCCCACUCCGGACCAGCCUUUUCAGCCUGGACGCUCUCCGCUUCUACCUUUGGAUUAAACACCUGAAGAACCUGGAGCAGGAGAAAGACGCUCUCUACUCUGGUCUGGAAGUUCUGGAAGAAGCCCGACUGUGGUACCUGCAGCGGCUGGAGGAGAACUGUGCCAGGCAGUUUGGUGUCUUGAACAGAACCAUACCAGCGGCACAGUUCUCCUCCAGCCAGCUCAGGUCCCUGAUCCAGCGGGUCAACGGCUCUCUGGGCUCCGUCAUGUCAGAUUCCAGCUGCACCAGCAACCUCUGUGUGACCGACACGGAGGAGGACAGCGACCUCCGAUGGAGGAACUCGGUGUUGACGAAGGAAGUCGGCCGACAGAACCGUCAGAUUUCGAUGUUGGAGUCUGAAAAAGAGUCUCUGCAGGAGGAGCUGGACCACCUGUCAAGCCUCUGACGCACUGGGCGGAUGUAAAUAUUGACAACACUAGGCUGCGACACAGUGCACCAAGUGAACCCUGAGGAGCAGUCAGGUGGAGGACGUCUUGCUCUGGGCCACAAGGAGGUUUUUCAGCCGUGAUUGUUUAUUCAAGGCUCAAUUGAAUAUACUGUACUAGAC